AUGGAGACUGUUCUUUGCAAAGGAACGCCAAAAGAUAUAUGGGAUUCAAUAAAGAAAAAAUAUCAAGGCUCCUCUAGAACAAAGCGUGCACAACUUCAAGCCUUGAGAAAGGAAUUCGAGAUUUUGCAGAUAAAGGACGAUGAAUCUGUAACCAGCUAUUUUGCAAAAACCAUGGUUGUGGCAAAUAAAAUGUCUUUCCAUGGUGAGAAAAUGGAAGAUGUUAUCAUUGUUGAGAAGAUAUUGUGGUCCAUGGCGUCCAAGUUUAAUUAUGUUGUUUGUUCAAUUACAGAAUCCAAAGAUGUAGACACACUCUCUCUUGAUGAACUCCAAAGUUCUUUGCUAAUUCAUGAAUAG